AAAUGGAAGAAGCCACAGACUCUUGGAUCCACUAAUCUUGCUGUCACACCAUAUCAAACACCUACAGAGCAGAAGAAUGACACCGUGUCAAUGCAUCAAGAUGAGAUGUCUAAUGCUCAAAUCCAAACGAUGAUUUCCUAUCUCAGCUCUAAACUUCAUGUUUCCGCUGUAACACCUACAUCUGAGACGACUUGUGCCUCGACUUCAAACUCCGUACCUGUUAUAUCACAAGUUACAGGCACUUACAAAGGAGAUGAUGAUUGGUCAAGGUAGACAAGUUGGAAAUUUAUAUGUCUUGGAUUUCGAUAAGCAUGAUAAUUCUGUUUCUGUACAAGGUACACGUUUACUUCAUUCGAAUAAUGUGAUCUGUUCUAGUUUCAAAGUUGAUUCAGCUACAUGGCAUAGACGUUUAGGACAUCCUUCACAGUCUAAGAUUGAUAUUCUUUCUGAUGUAUUGAAUCUUUGUAACAAAAAUAUUUAUAAAACUGAAUCCAACGUUUGUCAUAUAUGUCAUUUGUCUAAACAGAAACAUCUUCCUUUUAAAUCAAGACAAAGCAUAUGCACUCAACCUUUUGAAUUAGUUCACAUUGAUACAUGGGGUCCCUUUUCUGUGCCAACCACUGAUGGAUUUAGAUAUUUUCUCACAAUAGUGGAUGAUUACAGUAGGGCAACUUGGAUCUAUUUGAUGAAAUCUAAAUCAGAUGUGUUACAUAUUUUCCCUAGUUUUAUUGAGAUGGUUGAAACUCAAUAUAAGGUGAAAGUCAUGUCUGUCCAUUCUGAUAAUGCGCAUGAACUGAAGUUUACUGAUUUGUUUGCUAAGAAAGGAAUUGUUGCAUAUCAUUUUUGUCCUGAAACACCUGAACAAAAUUCAGUUGUAGAGAGAAAGCAUCAGCAUAUAGUGAAUGUAGCUAGAGCUCUCUUGUUUCAGUCUAAUGUUCCUUUAGAGUUUUGGGGAGAUUGUGUCAUGACUGCGGUUUUUUUAAUAAAUAGAUUACCUACUCCAGUCCUAAAGAAUAUAUCCCCUUACGAGAAACUUACAAAUAAGAUACCUGAAUACACAUCUCUAAAGAGCUUUGGUUGUCUUUGUUAUAGUUUUGGUUGUCUUUGUUAUAGUUCUACUUCUCCUAAGAAUAGAAAUAAGUUUGAACCUAGAGCUAGAGCAUGUGUUUUCUUGGGAUAUCCUACAGGUUAUAAAGGGUACAAGCUGCUAGAUAUAGAGACACACGCCAUUUCUAUUUCUCGGCAUGUCCUUUUCCAUGAGGAUAUUUACCCUUUUGUAUCUUCAAAACUCUGAGAAGAUACAUCAGUUUUCUUUCCUCAUAUUCCUUCAUCUGCUAAACCCGAUGAACAUGUGCCUUUCGCGCAAUCAUCUUCUGAUAUGCCUCAUCCUUGUGAUGCAUCAUCUUCCGAGGUUUUGAUUCCUUCUGCGUCAAGAUCUCAAAGACAAAAACAACCCCCAAAACACUUGCAGGAUUUUCAUUGCUAUACUACCUCAAAUGACAUUCCUUAUCCUAUGAUCAACUAUAUUUCUUAUUCAUAUCUAUCUGAGCCUUUUCGUGCUUUCAUUAACAUCAUCACCAAUGAUAUUGUCCCACAAAAGUAUUCAGAGGCCAAGAAGUUAAAGGUGUUUUGUGAUGCAAUGAAAAUGGAGAUAGAUGCUAUAAAUAGGACUGAAACAUGGAGUGUCUGUCCUUUGCCAUCAAACAAGACUGCUAUUGGUUCAAAAUGGGUCAAUACUAUCAAGUAUAAUGCAGAUAGUACUAUUGAGAGACAUAAGUCACGGUUGGUAGCAAAAGGAUAUACUCAAGUUGAAGGGAUGGAUUAUGAAGAGACGUUCUCACCUGUGGCUAAACACACUACUGUUUGAUUGGUGCUACUCCUUGCAGCUAAGAUGGUAUGGUCGAUUAAUCAGCUUGAUAUAUCGAAUGCAUUUCUCAAUGGAGACUUACAUGAGGAGAUAUAUAUGAAGUUGCCUCCGGGUUAUGCAGAACUCACAGGAGAGACAUUACCUCCAAAUGCUGUUUGUCGAUUACACAAGUCCAUUUAUGGACUUAAACAAGCAUCAAGGCAAUGGUUUUUGAAGCUUUCAUCUACCUUAUGUGCUAUGGGGUUUGAGAAGGCACAUGGUGAUCAUACCUUAUUCACGAGGAGUAAGAAUGGUACUUUUCUUGCGAUUCUGAUAUACGUCGAUGAUAUAUUGAUUGUCAGUAAUCAAGACUCGCUGGUAGUUGAGUUCAAGUGUGCUUUACAAGCUCAUUUUAAGCUGCGUGAUCUUGGUGAGGCCAAGUAUUAUCUUGGAUUGGAGAUAGCAAGAUCAGCUGAGGGAAUUUCUCUGUGUCAGAGAAAAUAUACUCUGGAGCUAUUGUCUACUACUGGUUUUCUUGCAAGCAAACCAUCUACUAUCCCUUUGGAUCCUAUCGUCAAGUUAUCCAAAGAAGAGGGGACUUUGUUGCCAGAUGGUAUGGCUUACAGAAAACUAGUGGGGAAGUUGAUGUAUCUACAGAUAACGAGACCAGAUAUUUGCUAUGCCGUCAACACAUUAUGCCAGUUCUCCAGUGCCCCAAGAGAACCUCAUCUCAAUGCGGUCCAUAAACUCUUGCGUUAUUUGAAAGGAACAGUGGGUCAAGGUUUAUUCUUCUCAACAGAUAACAACUUUGAUGUACGAGCUUUCUCUGAUUCGGAUUGGGGUACAUGUAAGGAUUCAAGAAGAUCUGUCACUGGAUACUGCAUUUUUGUGGGUGAUUCAUUGGUAUCUUGGAGAUCUAAGAAGCAGGAUACUGUCUCAUGUAGCACAGCGGAAGCAGAGUUCAGAGCGAUGUGGUCUGUAACGAAGGAGUUGAUCUGGUUGACUCGAUUGAUAGUCAUUUUGAAGGCACCAUUCCAGAUGCCUACUCAUCUAUACUGUGACAAUGUCUCUGCCUUAUACAUUGCUAAUAACUCAGUUUAUCAUGAGAGGACUAAGCAUGUGGAGAUGGAUUGCUACAAGAUAAGAGAGCAUAUUGACAGUGGGUUUCUCAAGACUAUGUUUGUACGAACAGGAAACCAACUUGCAGAUACACUAACCAAGGCUUUACACCCAGCUCCUUUCCGAGAGCUCAUAAGCAAGAUGGGAUUGCUCAAUAUCUUUGCACCUCCAUCUUGAGGGGGGCUACUGGUUUAGAUAGAAUACGGUUCUAGACCGGUUUAACGGCUCUGGAAUUGUCCGGUUUAUUCAUCUAAUUAUGAUGUCAAUCUGGUUUAGUUUUUACGGUUGAUUAGUUUGUUGGUAUAUUUAGUUGUAACAAACUUUAAGCUCAUUAAUGAAAAUCAGAGUUUCAUCGAGUUCUUGAGCUUUGCUAAUAGAAAAGGCUCACAAGCUCCAAAUUAUAUCUUCCGGUCUUGAUCUUGUUCUAUAUCGAAAAUUCUCUUUUUCUAUCAUCAAUAAUAGUAGAAAUCUAACACAACGUGGUAGUAUAAAGUCUACAUAGAGAAAAUAAGACAGCCGUACACGAGUACUGCAAGCUAGUUUGUUUGUUCUUCACAGUGAAUCCAUGAGAUAGUGAAAGUAUUGAAAAGACUCCUAGUUACAUCAGUAUUGUAGAUACAUAAUAGUAUAAAAAAUAUCCACGUUAACAUAUCCAAUGGUUUCAUUUACCUCUUUAGCAGAAACAUUAAUCAUAUAUAAAAACCAAAGACAGAGUCUCAUAUACAGCAGCUGUUAGCUAAGACUCUGAAAAUUUGGUGAUCUCCUAGAAAAGCAUAAUGAAUAAUAAUAGACCAACAACGUUGAGUUGGCCUAGUGGUAAAGGAGUUGUGGCGUUCAAUUCACGUUGGGAGAGACUAUUUACAAUGUUUGAGUUCUCGGCAAAGAGGUACUGCAGUCCUUUUUGCUUUCUGAUCAGCUAAAUGAGAAGCAGAAUAUGGUGCAUUUUGACAUAUUCAGCUUUGCCCAGAAGAUGACAGUAACGCUCGUGUCAUCAGGAAGUGAUGUUUCCCCUCUCUAUAUAGUUGCAACAAGGCACAAUACUGAAUACAUUUGUUGAAAAGCACAAAAUAUAUUUUAAAUAAGAAGAUCAUGGCGAAGAUAAAAGAGAAAAGAAGUAUUAUAUCUUUAAUCAA